UUGAACAGCCAUUUUUGUAAAACACAAACAAGACGAGAGAGAAAAACGGCGAGCGUAGCAAAAUAAAGAAAAGUAAAUAUUCACUUAAUUAUCGUGUUUGUAAAAAAAAAAAAAGUAGCUGCAAAAAUUAAAUAUAUUUAAGGCGAAUUUUUUUUAUUACUGCGAUGCACGCGCUUGCAAACGGAGUGAAGUCGUAGAUAAGUUUACGUGAAGGCAUUAGCUGGCUGGCUAGCCUGCUGUCGCUUGCUUGCUAGCUAGUAGGCUCCAGUUUUGUUCAUUUUGCUGAAGGAAAAGGUCAGACGAGGCACGUCAGAAAGAGAGAGAAGGGUCUGGCGAUAGUGACCGUACGAAUCACAACUAAACUGCCCGGAAACAUUCGCUCAUAUCCACAUUCACUCACAGUGUGUUUGUAAAAUAGAAAUCUUGGCUUUUUUUUUUCCCCAUUGGUUCCGUUUUUCCCUCAAGCUCUUAUAUUCAGUGUUUGGCAGCUAUCAGUUCACUGAUAUAGAGCUCAGAGUAGCUACAAACAUAUACACAUCAUCAUACAGCAACACUGCUCCUGCUGUCUCACUCGCCCUGGUAAAAGCAGAACUUUUGAGCCCUGAGGACGAGGAGAACAUGACUGCUGAGACACUUAACUUUGGUCCAGAAUGGCUCCGUGCACUAUCCAGAGGAGGGAGCAUCACGUCUCCACCUCUUUCCCCAGCAAUGCCAAAGUCCAAGCUGGCCGAGUACCGCUACGGCCGCGAGGAGAUGUUAGCACUUUAUGUCAAAGAUAACAAGGUCCCAGAGGACAUGCAGGAUAAGGAGUUUGCUGCCAUCCUGCAGGACGAGCCGCAGCAGCCCCUGGCUCUGGUGCCUCUGACUGAGGAGGAGCAGAGGAACUUCUCCAUGUCAGUGAACAGCGUGGCUGUGCUGAGGCUCAUGGGCAAAGGGGGCGGGGCUGCCCCAGUGGGCGUGUCCCGAAGCAGAGGGAGCGCUAGAGGAGGGCGAGGGAGGGGAAGAGGAGAAGGAGGGUUCUACCAAAGAGGAGUGGAAGAGGAGGUGGGAUUCGGGCGCAGCCGAGAGGUGCACCGCAGCCAAAGCUGGGAUGACAGAGGUGAGCGCCGUUUUGAGAAGCCACUGAGAAGAGAGGGGGGACGCGGAGGCUUUGAGGACGGAGGGACAGGGCGAAAGGAUUACAACCGUUCCGACAGCGAUAACUGGCGCACGCUCCGUGAGGAGCAGGACGAGGAGGAAGGAGGUGUAGUUGGAGACGGAGGUGGAAGCUGGCGGGUGGCCGGGACUCGACGUGAUGACGGAGGCCCGCGCUCGGCUGGAUGGAGAGACCACGGUAACGGAGACGGGCGACGCCGAAAGUUCGACUUUGAUUUCCGGGAAGGCGAAAUGGUCCGGCGGAGGACAGGGAGUGAGGGAGGGGAGGAAGAGAGAGAUGGUCUGCCAGAGUGGUGCACUGAUGAAGAGGAGGGCGAGAUGGGCACCUUCGAUUCGUCUGGAGCGUUCAUGUGUGUUAAGAAGAGCUCGAGAGACAUGAUCCCUGAAGACCAGGAGCUGGAAUUUGAGGCUCUGGAGGAGGAAGACGAGGCCGAGCAAGAGAGGAAGGAUAGCUCUGCUGACAAAGUAGAGGACAUUGAGGCAUCUGGAGCGUCUGAUGGUGGAGAGAUAAAAGCUGCUGCUGCUUCUUCUCCUCCUUCCACCUUUUCUGUCUGUGCUCUCACCUCAGAACAGGAACCACUUCCACCUUGUGUUGCUCCACCAAAGUUUAGCCUCCAGAUUAGUGAAGGCGCAGCUCCAGUAGGGGGCAGCACUAAGCUGCCGCAGAGCUCUCCUCCUGCCAGGACGUCCUCUCCUCCCAUCACGGCUGCUGAUGUCCUGCCUCCGGGAGGCGACAACGAGGAGGAGGACGGCAUGACGCACAUGCAGCAGGAGGCGGAGAAGAUGGUGGCAUCUCUUCAGGACACGUCUCUAGAGGAAGAACGUUUUACACAGGCAUUGCAGGAGAGCCAUGGAGCUGCUGUCACUCGCACACACGCUCUCCCCACCACACACACACACUCCCACCCCAACACACACACCCUGCCUCACUCUGCCGGCGCUCUACCGCUCACACACGAGUCUGCCAUGAAGUGGUUCUACAAAGACCCUCAAGGAGAGAUCCAAGGCCCGUUCAGUCCAGUGGAGAUGUGUGAAUGGUUCCAGGCCGGUUAUUUCACGAUGACCCUGCUGGUGAAGAGAGGCUGUGACGAAGGUUUCCAGCCGCUGGGGGAUGUCAUAAAGAUGUGGGGACGUGUGCCUUUCUCACCGGGACCCUCACCUCCUCCACUGCUGGGUAAUAUGGACCAGGAGUUGUUGAAGAAGCAGUUGGAGCAGGCAGCCACAGCAGCUCUCUACCAGCAGCUCCAAAUGAGAUUCCAACACAUGAACAGGUGUGGUGAAGCAGGAAUUAUGCCUGCUAUGAACCGAUCUGUGCCAGAAGCCUGGGACAUUCAUACCUCAUCCUCACAGACACCAGGUGCUGAGGUCGGUCUGUGGGAUUUGACCUCACCUCAGGGUCCAACUCUCGAGCAGCUGCAGAAACUCCAGCAGGAGAGGCAUGAAGCUGAACUCAGGGUGAAGAGGGAGGAUGAGGAGCGAAAGCGUCGGGAAGAGAAGAGAAGGCAGCAGGAGGAGCAGAAGAGGAGAGAGGAGGAGGAGUUGUACAGGCGCAAACGUGAACAGCAGUGUCGUCAGCAGGAGCUCCUCAUGAAAUUGCUCCAGCAGAGUCAGCAGCACCAGCGGGAGGUGCAGGGAGGUGCAGGUUGGAGCUCGGCACAGGCAGGGUCGCUCUCUCUGGGUAAAGCUCAGGGAAAGAAUCUCGGUCUUCUGGAACAGCAACAACAGAGAGCUCAACAGCAGAGGCUGGCGAUGGGGCAGUGGAGUGACAGUUCUGUGGGAAUGUGGACUGGAAUGGAGGGGAAGAUCAGCAGUUCCAAUGGAGGCAGCAGUAUGGGCAUCUGGGACGAGGCGGUUAAAAACCAAGUCAACCAUCGUAACAUGGGCAUGAAGCACAGCAUGAGUAGCCCCUCAUUCAGUAGUACUACUAGUAGUGAACAGUACAUGCUGAACCGUCGGAAGAGGACCGAAGAAGAGGAGCGGCUGCUGAAGCUUCUACAGGGCAUGAAGCCUCAGCAGGAUGGAUUCACCACAUGGUGUGAACAAAUGCUGCAUGCUCUCAACACCUCAACCAACAACUCGUCCUCCUCUGUGGACGUGGCCACCAUUGUGGCAUAUCUAAAGGAAGUGGAGUCCCCAUACGAGGUUCACGACUUCAUACGCUCAUACCUGGGCGACACAGUCGAAGCCAAAGAGUUCGCAAAGCAGUUCCUGGAGCGUCGUGCCAAGCAGAAAGCCAACCAGCAGAGACAGCAGCAGCAGCUGUGUAAGGAGAUUGCAGGACUGAAUAUGAACUUCCCCUUACAAUCUGUGUUCCAGACAAGCCACAUUAGUAAAAGUGGCAGCAUGUACGACAGCCAGGGUGGGAAAAUGAAGAAGAAACCCAGCAUGAUGCUCCACUCUGAUCCCAGCAUCCUCGGUUACUCGUUUUUGGGCUCAAGCGAGCGGAUGAUGCUGGGAGAGAUGGAGGCAGUGGAGGAUUACUGAUCCAGCAGAACCUUACUUGAGUCUACCUGAGGCCUUAACCUGGAGCAAACUAGCAGACGAAUGUGCACUGCACUCUCACUCCCUCUCUCACCCACUCUCUCGUUAUGUCUCUCUCUCUUCCAGACGAGGACAGGGAGUGGAUCAGAGGUAUGGUGUGUGAAGGGAGCUCUCACACCUCUUUGUCUAAGCACCUUAACUAAGCUAUUGCACUUUAUUACCAGAAUUUCAAUAUUUGAAAUUGAGUUUUUGUGUGUUUUUUUUUUUUUAACAAUGCGAAAACGUGUGAAUAUAUUGUUACAUAUAUUAUGUGUUGAACUGUUUGUAUACAAGUGUGUGUAAGUAUGUUCGUGAUUUAGCCAGAUCAGAGUGUGAGAAUGCACUCUCAAAAUACAAACACUGUCGUAUUAUUUUUUUGUUUUGUUUUGUUUUCACAUGAAAGCUAUAAAAUUGAAAAACUUGAACAUUUGCACUUGUUUAAGAAAAAUGAAAAAGGAAAAAAAAAAAAAAUUAAAGCUAGAUUAGUUUGAUAUUUUUUGGAUUGUUUGUGAGCGAUUUGAAGAAAAGUCUGCACAAAGAACUUUAUUACCGAGAGAUAUAAUGGAAAUGCCAUGUUUUUAUUUUGUUCAAAAAGAAAUUUUUGUAUUUCGCCGAAGUGUGAGUGUGUUAGAGAGAGAGACACACAUGAGUGUGUGUUAAUUUGCUUUUCAUGUGUACAUAGGUUCUUAAAGAGAUAAAGAUGGGACUGGGUGGUGAGUGUGUGUGUGUGUGUGUGUGUGUGUGUGUGUGUGUGUGUGUGUGUGUGUACUUCUGCCUGCGUCCCGUCUGUGGUGCUGUAUUGCCUUUUUCCUCUGGUAUUUUUUUUUUUCUUUUCUUUUUUUUUGGAGGACAUUUGAGUGUUAAGCCUCGUUCCAAUCCUGUUUUUAACACCCCUUGUCGACUAUCGUGCUGUCGCCAUCUUAAGCACUACAUCAGCUUGAGUGAGGGAGCAGCGACCACUUUGUAGGAAAAAGGCACACGUGGGUAUAUCCAUGUGCAAUGGCUGUAUUUUAUUCUGCUAAUCGUCCUAAACGGCAGAUUAAGUGGUGCAUAUGUAACAUUUCAAGACUAACACACGGAUGGUGAUGUUGGGGUUGGGGUUUACUACUCUGUGUUCCUCUGUUAACUAGCGAAUUACCACGCUAGCUCUCUAGUAAGCCGUUAUUGCAUUUGGAGCGAGUCGAUGAGCAGUGUUGAAGUGUUAGUAGUGUAGCUCUUCUGUUCUCCUUAAAACACCAUGAAACUGUGUAACAUUAUUUCUCCCUAUUUUGGAGGACCAUAUGUGAACUAAUUGCCUUUUGUGUGCGUGUGUGUGUGUGUGUGUGAGUGCGAGUGCAAGAGAGAGACAACUUUUAAUUUUCAUCGCUGUUUAAGGAAAAAAAAAAAAGAAUGAUGGAUUUAUUUUUUUAUUGUUGCAUACAAAGUAUUUGAAACUUCUGUGAUCUGAUUUGGAGCACUUUCAAGGCUGCUACCUUAUUGUCAUAUAGAUUUUUUUUUUUUUUUUUUUUUUUUGAUUUGUGUUGGGCGUUUUGUUUUUCCUUGCAUCCUUGGGAAGUUUAUUACAAAUGAAUGUAUUCCUAAAAUGUGUAACGGAGCGUCGCAACAAGCCCCGAGUCUUCACUCACUUUAAAGUCUGACGGGCUUUUGAUAAGUAAAACAGACAUUUUCAGAAGGAAAUGUCCUGCUGUUCUUCCAGAACUUUCUCCAGCAGUGAACCUCGGGCCAAUCAGAGCCAAGGACGUGCACCGUGUAGCAGUAGAAGACUUUUUUCUUUAUUUUUAUUGUUAUUUUAUAAUUUUUUUUGGGGGGGGGUUCAAAAGGUGUUCUGCUUUUUUUCCCCCUUUUUUGGAGUAAUCUUCAGUAAAGACAGAGACUUUUGAAGCCUGGGCUGAGAAUUAUUAUUAUCGGUACUUGAUCUAGAAGAAUUCUGGAGUAUAUUUUUACAAAAGAAGAAGAAAAACGAGACAUGCAAGUAGCAGCAAUAAGGACAUGAACAUGUGUGAGGACAUGCAUUCUUCUGGAGAAGUGGACUUGUCUCAUUCCGCAUCCUAAAUGGGGAAAAAUGACCUUCAGUCUCUCUUGUCCCAGACAAAUGGACAUGUGCGGUGGACUUCAGUCUUCUGCAGUUUUUAGCUUUCUUGUGGUCUCAAGUCACCUAAAGGUUUCAAGGUUGGUGAGAAGUAUACUCGUACAGCGGUGUAGGCUUGAGUCCUGUACAGAGUUCAAAGAUUUCAAGAUGUGGUCCUGCGUGCGCUACUGCAGCCACCAUCGUUUACGAGCGGAUUAGAGACUCCUCCAAAUGAGAUGAGUUCUAGAUGAGUUCUGGAGAAGUAAAGAUGGACAAGUGGACUUAAGUUGUCUUCAUCACAUGAAGGAAAAUCCAACACUGUUGCUGAAACGGUCGGUUUUAUCUGAAUGUUUCCCAGAAAACUCUACAGCAGAUCAGCUUCUAGAGAACGUGAGGGCGUGUUAAACGCUUGGGUUCGGGUGGAAAACUUGUAAAGAACAAGGAGGUUCCUUUACCUAGUGGACUAGAAUGGCAGAGAGAGACAGAGACUGCUGCAGGUCCUCGAGGAAGAGGAACCAGUGAAACCAGCAAGUUUCAGCGUGAGGAAGGUUCCCUGAGACAGAAGCCUUGGUUCUACUGGAAUGAAGACUUCACGAUCCGUCUGAGGCUCCCGCCACACUGAACUGAAUCCUCUCGCCUUCUCUUACACCUGCUUUCUCUCUAUUUAAGGCAUGUGCCAAUAAUCGUCAGUCAUCACGGUACUUAGCAUUCACAGGACAUUAGUGCAGUUUCUUUGAGCAAAGCUAAGAUGCUAGUAAACUAACGUGGCUGCACGCUAGCAGUACUGCUGCUGUACAAGUAGGAAGUUGAAGUUGGUUUAUGGUGACUAAUCAGAUCAAGCUACAGACUAGUAUUUUUGGCAAAAUAUAAUUGUGCAUAGAAAAAUGUUUAUCGGCACAUGCCAACUAUUUACCUCCUCUCUUCCUCUACAUUUCUUUUUACUUUAAAUUUCUUCUUUUUUGUUCAUGUGAUCUGAAAGGGCAGAGCUCAAGUUGAACUCAAUCAUAUCACGGGAAUGUUUUAGCUUGCUAACACAAUUAGUACCUGAUUUUUAAUGUCCUAUGACCCCAGCUAUGUAUGAGGUGAAGUUAAUGCUAUCAGAGAUUAUCAGAGUGCAUUAUGUAGCUAACAAUGUUAACAUAUGACAUGAUGGAAUUUCACCUUAAGCUCCGCCCACUUUGUGUAUAUAAUGUACAUAUUCUUUUAUUUCGGAAAAAUUCUCCCCUUGUUUUUAUUGCCAUGCCUUAAACUGUACAGUGGGCAAUUUUAUCUCCGCUUGCUAGCUCAUGCGAGUGUAUCAACAGUCUGGAUGCAGACACGCCCUCAGCUGUGGGACAUUUCCACUCGGCUCUGUAUAUACCGUUUCCAAGCUACGACAGUUUUUAGGUAUUAUCAAAGUGCGCGAGUCAUUUUAGCAGAAAAGGACGUUAGCCCCGCCCAUGCUCAAUUCCUCUCUCCACCAGCUCCAACAGAGGAGUGGACACCUUGACACUGCGGGCACAGAGGGCGGGGCUACUGGAGUUUUUGCUUUGAGAAGAACAAACUAUGUUAAACAGAAAAUAAAGUUUUAAAGGUUGAA